AUGAACCGCCUGCGUAAACCAAACAAUGCAGACAGUCCACGGUCAGCCAGCCAGCCCGUGCUUUCUCAGACCCUCCGCGUUGCGCUAGGGCUCCAAGAACAAGAACGACAUCAACAAGUUCUACCACGACACCAGUCUCCCAAUGAAAAUCAGCAAGUGAUCCAGCGACCCAAACUUGACGGACUUGAGCCACAACCACGAACACGUGUCGAGCAAUACUGGGCUGCCCGCGCGUUUGCUGCAGAGACAACGUUGCUGGGCUUUGAACAUGGAGAGCGGCAGCGUGCAAAAGACCGCCAGUUUCACGACGCGCGUCAUGCUGCGCUUGAGAGGCUUAUAAUGAUCCUACUUGGCAUCCUUGCCCUCCUGGUGCUUGGCCUGCUCCUACUGGGCUGGUCCUCUUUCCGCGGGACCGCCCAUGGCCACAACACUAAACACCCGCCCGGGCCUGCAAAGCACUUUACAAUCCCGAUUCUGUCCCCAUUUACCAGCGUCAUCGAGCACGAGACGUCUGUUAUCGGGAGCACUACGCUCGCGCUGCUGGUGCUAGCUGGUGCGGCGGUGGUAUAUGGCGUCUUUCGGCAUUAUGCAAGACGGUAG